GCACAUGCAUUGGGCAGCUUUGACCCGCCUAUUUUUUUGAAAUAAUAUAAAACCCAAUGAAAUUGUUUCUCAUUGCCACUCUUUGUUCAUGCAUGUGAGAUCUCAACAUAUGAACUUUUUCAUAUACUGAAACUUGAAAAUCAAACCCUGGACUGAAAAUCACUUGAAGUCUCAACAUCUGAAAAGCUUCUUCACUGAACUGAAUUUCUAUUUGUUGUUCAUCUGAGGAUUCUGAACCAAAUCAGGAUGUUGACCACUGCAGCUUUUAUUCUCAUCGUCACCAGUAAAGUUGUCUUAGGACAGAAUGAAAGAUGGGCUGAUGAAGGAGAGAUAUAUCCAUUGGAUAUGGCAGUGAAUUCAGUAGAUGACCAGUAUGAUGGUUGUACAGAGAAAAUGGAAAACCUGGUGAAGACAAAAUAUCUAAAGAAAGAAAUCUCCAAAAAUAAUGUUUUCAAAAAAUCUUGGAAUGAUGGUAAAGAAAAAUACCCUGAACCAAAAGAUAACUUGUCAAGAAACAAUUUAAUUGCCAUUUAUGUGUACACUGGUGGUAGUGUUUAUAAGCAAUUCAAUCAGGAUGUUAGGAAUGGUAAAACAAAAUUCCAAACAAAGAAAUUCGCUUGGUAUUCACUUCACUUUUUCUUAACUCAAGCAAUACAGACUCUAAAAAAAACAAAAUGCACCUUAACAUACCGUUUUACCAAAGAUACAUAUGAUGAGACUGUUCUGAACAAAGAGAUUCGUUUUGGCAGUUUUGCAUCCUCCUCUCUUCUUCGUAAAGCAAGCGUAUUUGGAAAUGUAUCUUGUUUUGAAAUCAAGACUUGUUAUGGUGCUAAUGUGACAAAAUACUCCAAGCUUCCUCGUGAGCAAGAGGUUUUGAUUCCCCCGUAUGAGAAGUUUAAAGUCACUGCUAUAAAGAAGGCUGAGUGGUGUAAGACUGUGUUCGUGUUGGAGAGCACUGGAAAAUAUAGUAAUUUAAACUGUGCAGUGGCACCAAAAACAAAGAGAAACCAGUAUAGAAGGGACGGCACUGGCUUUCUGUUGUUAUAAGAAAAUAUUGCUGUUAAAGGGAUGAAUAUCUAGUAAAUUGAAAUGACUUGAUUAUAAUAAAAUAAUAAGUGUUUUUUAACUAUGCAAAAUCUUUCAAGGGUGGAAAUGCAGGCAACUGUGUAUUUGACAUCUUUAUUCAUUUAUCUUUGUACUGUGCUGCUUU